AUGACAACACAAAUAUAUGGAGGAGAUGAAAUCUCUGCAAUUGUUUUGGAUCCAGGAUCUCAACAUACUCGCGCGGGUUAUGCAGGUGAAGAUACUCCAAAAUGUGUUAUAGAAAGCAGUUAUGGUCUUUUAGUAGAAAAUAAUAGAUCAGAAAUAGUAUUUGGAGAUAAUUCUAUACAUGCGCCUAGAGCUGGAAUGGAAAUCAAAAAUCCUAUGCUAGAGGGAAUUGUACAUGAUUGGGACAUUGCAUCGCAAAUAUGGUUGUAUGCAAUAAAGACAAGUUUACGAGUUGAUCCAACUGAGCAUCCGUUACUUGUAACUGAGCCGAGCUGGAACCCUCCUAAAAAUCGGGAAAAAACUAUGGAAAUUGUAUUUGAAAAGUUUGGAUCUCCUGCAUUUUAUCUUGCAAAAAAUGCAGUAUGUGCAUCUUUUGCUAAUGGCAAAUCUACAGCAUUGAUUCUUGAUGUCGGUGCCCAAGUAGCAUCUGUUACUCCUAUUUAUGACGGCCUUGUUUUAAAAAGAGGUGUUAUGAAACAAAAUAUUGCGGGAAAUUAUUUAUCUGCUCAAGCUCGUGCUUAUUUUUCUAGAGCUAAUAUUCCUAUUGUUCCUCAUUAUAUGGUUAAAAAAAAGCUUCCUGUGGAUAUAGAGGCUCCUUCCCGUGCUGAAUUACGUAAAUUUUUGGAUAUUCGCGACAGUUUUCAUGUUUUUCAACAGGAUCGUGUUAUGCAAGAAUUUAAAGAAAGUAUUUGCCAGGUUUUUGAAAAAUCAUUAAGCGAAUCAAUACCAUCAUCUCGACCAGCAAAAGCUUUUGAAUUUCCUGAUGGCUAUAAUCUUUUAAUUGAUAUUGAUCGAUAUAAAGUUCCUGAAGUCUUAUUUAAUCCUUCAUUCUUAGCCACAGAAUUUCCAGAAAUAAUACCACCAGAAAAUUCUAUGUCUUUAGCUCAAUUGCUUUACAAUAGUGCAAUGGCAUGUGAUACAGAUAUUCGAGCGACACUUCUAGGAAAUAUUAUUAUAACAGGAGGGACGUCUUUAAUACAAGGGUUUGGAGAUCGUGUUUUAACAGAACUUCAACUUCUAGCACCAGGAAGUCGAAUUAAAAUUAAUGCCUCAGGAAAUACUGUAGAACGAAAAUAUGCAUCAUGGCUAGGAGGAAGUAUUUUGGCUAGUUUAGGGACAUUUCAUCAAUUAUGGAUAUCUAAGAAAGAAUAUGACGAAGAAGGCGAUCGUGCAUCGCUUAUUGAAAAGAGAUGUAAAUAA